AUCUCAGCACGGUUUGAAAGUUCCGCGCGCAAGGCGAAAGGGGCAUUUCGGCUGCGAUCGAGAUGUCGGUGUUAAGGCCGCUGGACAAGCUGCCCGGCCUAAACACGGCCACCAUCUUGCUGGUGGGCUCGGAGGAUACUCUCCUGCAACAGCUGGCGGACUCGAUGCUCAAAGAGGACUGCGCGUCUGAGCUAAGGAUUCACUUGGCAAAGGCCCUCCCUUUACCCUCCAAUGUGAAUCGGCCUCGAAUCGACCUGAUUGUGUUUGUGAUUAACCUUCAUAGCAAAUACAGUCUCCAGCACGUGGAGGAGUCGCUGCACCAUGUGGACGCCAGCUUCUUCCUGGGGAGGGUGUGCUUCCUCGGCACUGGUGCUGGGCAGGAGCACCACUACAGCCUUCACCGGAACACGGUCCUGAAGCUGGCCCACACCUACCGCAGCCCCCUGUUCUUCUGUGACCUGGAGGUGGAAGACUUUCGAGCCACCAUGGCGCAGCGUCUGGUGCGCAUGCUGCUGAUCUGUGCUGGCCACGUACGUGGUGUCUCAGCCCUGAAUCUGCUGUCUCUGCUGAGGACCUCUGAGACCCCUCCACCAGAGGAGCUGUGACGGCCACUGGCCCCUGGCUGUCCCUCCCCGCUUUGGGCUCCGUUAGCUGUCACUGUUGGUGAAGACACAGGCUGGGUUGGGCUCCCCAAGCCCCAGCAGGGCACCGGGCAGGAUGGGGAGGAAGCCCAGCUGCUGGGACUCCAGCCCCUCCAACGCCCACGCUCAUCCUCUGAGGAGGUACAUCUCCACUUAAGAUUUCACUGGAACAAAGGGCCCUUGGCUAAAAAAAGUUUGAAGAUCA